CUUCACACUACCUUCACCACUACCUUCACCACUACCUUCACCACUACCUUCACCCUUACAAAUUCUUGCCGUCUCAAGAUAUGAUGCCUAAUUCACUUUUAUGACUAGAUGGUGUCUGUAAUUCCCGCCUGAAUGGCGAACGCCCUCCUCGUUGAGGUCACACAGCACCUCCACUCUCGCCAUCUCCACCCCUCCCCGCAAUGGCUGCAAACCUUCAUCUCGGGCACGCGUCCCAACACCCCCCUCCCAGCCCUCAAAUCGACCGCCCUUUUCCGUCUCCUCGCAACCGACAUUGCCUCCACCCUCCUCCCCCCGCCCACCGCUCUCUUCCCUUCGGACAUCGCCAACGCCCGCAUCCAGUCUCGGCACCUCCAUGGCCCUCUCGUCUGCCAGGUCCUCGAUAUUGAAGACAUCGGCCAUUCGCGCUGGUCGCAGGUUGAGGCUAUUGAGUUGAAAGAACGUGGCGAGACGACGAAGGGAAGGGAGAUUGUGCGGGUUGCGCCCGGCGAGAAUGAUGCAACGGGGGACGCUGGCGAGACACCGGCGGUGGCGAGUAAGGGGCCUUUUAAGUUACUGCUACAGGAUGCCAAAGGAGCGAAAGUGUAUGCAUUUGAUUUUAGAGGGAUGGAGGGGCUGAAUACAGACAUGAAUAUUGGCCUGAAGCUUGUGUUGAGAAAUGUUGAGGUUCGGAGAGCUGUUGUAAUGCUCGAACCUGGUGGUGUUCAGGUGCUUGGUGGGAAGAUUGAGGCGCUGGAUAAGGCGUGGAAAGAGGGGAGGAAGGAGAGGCUGAUGGCUGCUGCGAGGGCUGGGAGAGAGGAGAAUGCCCGCUGAUGCCAGACAUUAUAAGGGAACAAUGUCCUUCGCAGUUAGUUAGUCAUUUUUCCACCAUCUGGCAACUGAGCCAAACAGGAACACAUGAUCGAAUCCCUGUGACCCCACGUUGCGUUGCCGAUACUGCUGAGCUUGGCUUGCACGCUGAAAUGCUAUCCAUCCCUCCGGUGGAGUCUCAGGCCGUAGUCACGGUUGAGUUCGAACAACUACUCCUAAUUCCUUAGUUAGAGGAAGAUGGUCUGUGGUUAAUGUCAUAUGAUGUAAAAGUAGUCCUUGGUAGAAGAUUCGUUUUGGGCUUAUAGGUUUCGUCCCGGGGAACGCCUCGUUUUG